AUGUCAGAAAAGUCCUUAAUAGAUGGGCCCCAGGAGCUGCCAACUUUUGAGGACGUGGCCGUGUACUUCACUGCGGAGGAAUGGGCCAGCCUGGCCCCCGCGCAGAGGGCCCUGUACAGGGAGGUGAUGCUGGACAACUACGCCAACGUGGCCGCCCUGGCAGCACCACCCAGCUUCAAACCAGCUCUGAUCUCUCAGCUGGAACAAGGGAAAGAGCCGUGUUUCAUGGAGCCACAGGGAACCCUGAAUUGGAGAGCAGACCUUGCAGGAUACAGUGCAAAAUUAAGAAGAUGUAUGUACUUAGCUAAAAUGAUGUCAUAUGUCAUCAAAUUAAAAAUUCUUCAGAAUCAUCUCUUCUCGGAAGACAGGACAAAGGCUUAA